AUGGUCCACCUGAAAUCCAAACCAGACUACACCACAGUCUCACCCACCUUCCGCCCCCUCCCCAGGAACGGCCACCUGGCCACCCUCGCGCCCGGCUUCGCAGACGUCCUCAAGGCCGCCGACGCCGCCGUCGCCCCCUUCUGGGUCCCCGAGCUCUCCCUCCACGACUUCCGCCGGCUCUGGCUCAGCCCCAUGCCCGCCCCCGCGGGCACCCCCGAGGAGGGCGUGGACGUCGCGGCGGAGACCCGGCGGAUCCCCGUGCACGACGGCGCCGAGGUCGAGAUCAAGAUCUGGCGGAGCACGAGGGACACCUCCGACGGCAGGGCCGUGCUUGGGAUGCGGUUCCACGGCGGCGGGUGGGUCGUCGGCGGGCAUGUGACGGAGGAGCCGGAGAACCGCAUGCUCGCGGGUCUGGGGAAUGUUGUUGUUGUGAGCGUGGAUUAUCGGCUAGCACCGGAACAUAAGUUCCCCGGCCCUCUGGACGACUGCCUAGACGCCACGAAAUGGUGCAAAGAAAACGCGACAAGCCUGGGCGUCGACCCGGAAAAGAUCAUCCUCCUCGGCUCGAGCGCCGGGUCCACCAUCGCCGUCGUCACGGCCAUGCGCAUGCGCGCGGAGCGCGUCUCGGGCCUCCUCGCCCAGGUCCUCGCCUUCCCCGUGACCUGCCACCCGGCGCUCGCCCCGGAGGACGAGUACGAGCUCGGGAGCUACCGGCAGUGCCACGACGCCAGCGUCGUCGACGCGCUCAAGAUGGAGUACUUCUGGGACGAGUACCUGCCGGGCGAGGCGGGUAAGGUGCGGCCGAGGGAGUGGCACUCGCCGUUGUUGGCGGAGAGCGUGAAGGAUCUUCCUCCUACGUUGAUGCAAGUCGCUGGUGCGGAUCCCCUCAGAGACGAGGCCAUCGCCUUUGCGGAGAGGUUGCAGGCCGAGGGCGUGCCGAUGGAGCUGCACACGUAUCAGGGCAUGCCGCACUGCUUUUACAUGUUUGAUGGGCAUCCGUCGACGACGGCGUAUUACAAACGGGUCGUUGACUUUGUGAAGAAGAUUGCUGAUGGCUCGACAGCAAGGGCGAGGUUGUAG